AUGGAAGCAUCUGCCAAUCUCAAAAAUCGAGUCCUGAGGAACUUGACUACCGGUCAAUAUGUCUUGGAGGAUCAGUUGCCAUCUGCAAUCACCAUUGGUCAUAUAGUUUUGAUGCGAAUCUGUUGGUCGUCUGAAAGUUCAACCGGCAUUGCAGGAGGAGAAUAUCUGGCCAAGGGAGACUGGGCCGGCCAUACGUUCGACAUUGUAGACGCUGACAUGCUGGAAAAUAUGAAUGGAGAAUGGGAAGACGUCACCGAGGAUACCCGCGAUGAGGUUCAGGUUCUGUGGGCAAGCCAUUUCGGAGACAACUGGGAAACUGAAUGGAGAGCUUGA